UAGAAACACUCCAGAGAACUCUCGCCUCUCUGCUCUCUCGAAAUGUGGCGGUCACUCAAACUUCUGUCGUCGCGUCCGCGUCCAAACGCGACAACGCGCCCUGUUUCCAAAAAACACCCUGUUCUAAUCGCCCCCUUCCGAACGCCCACUCACCACCUGCGCACGUUCCACGCCACCCCCACCCUAAACAAAAGACCCCCCCGUAUCUACAAGCCCCUCUCCAAAGAGGAACCCGACUUCGUCAUCGACGGAGACACCAUCCCACAAUCGAGACUCGGCGACAUGUUCGCUCAACUGAACGAAAACAUAGACGCCGCCGACCCAAUCGCUUCACCCGAUCACCAAAAACUGCUGGUCAACGAAGUGCUGUCCAUCGGACGGCACACCAAAAUAUUGCCCGGCGGUCGCCUCAUGACAUUCAGUGCGCUCGUCAUGGUAGGGACUGGCAACGGCUGCGCCGGCAUAGGGCGAGCCAGGGGAGAAACCGUUUCAGUGGCCAUCCGAGCGGCUGUCACCAAUGCGAAAAAAAACAUGAUUUCAAUCAACCGACAUCGCGGGUGUACUGUUUCUCGAGAUAACGUCUACAAAUACAAGAGAACGAAGGUCAUCGUGGGCGCGCGUCGAAUGGGAUACGGUAUUCAGGCGUCUCCAGACAUGCGCCUCGCCCUAAAAGCUUUCGGACUCAAAGAUCUCUUCGUCACUACCACCGGCCGAACGGGCAAUAAACAGGCACUUUACCGGGCGCUCUUCAAGGGAUUGCAAAGGGACAUUAACACUCCAAGUAACAUCGCGAAGGCGCUGGGAAAAAAACUCUUCGAUAUUCACGCUUUUCAUUAUAACUCUAAAGACUAA